AUGGUCGAAGAACCUCAAGUUACCACCCAUCUAUUGAAGAGGGGCAAUGAAUUAAAUUUCCUUCCACCUGCUGCUGCUGCCGCUGUUUCUCCUCUUGCUCAGGGAGAAGAAAAAGAUCUGAUGAUAUUACAACAACCACUAAAACCUGUACCUGAAAAGAGCAUUGAAUUAAGUCCACAGCAAGUCAAUCGCAAGCUACUGGCUCGCCAUCAAUCCAUCACAAGAGGCACUGCUUCUAGUUUAGCCAAGGCUGUUCGCUCGCCUUCAGUUGAUGCCAAUGCCAAUGCAACAGAAGCCACCAUUAAGAGAAGAUUAUCAGCAGCUGUUCGAAACAGAAAACAAUCCCUGACAACAGCACCAUUACCACCGCCAUCCAAUGACACAACUGCUGCAGAGAACAAGCAGCUGCUUCUUGUGGGAUUGCCAGUUAAUGCCAAUGGACAAAGACGCAGCUCCUGGUCACCAUCACAGCAGCAGCAACAUCCCCAUCAAAUUACAACGACUGUAGUACCCGAGUUACCAUCAUCGCCCUCGCCCUCCCCACCACCACCAUUGCGCAAAGUGUUUGAGGCAAGAAGACGGGCAUCGAUGAUACCCAGUAGCACAUCUCCCAAUCAUGAAAGCAAUGAUAGUUCUAUUGUAAUUAGCUCUAGUAAUAAUGUCGAUAAUAAGGUCAAUCAACGGCGCCGCUCAUCCAUGCUAUUACAGAAAAGACCAUCUAAAUAUCCAUCCGUCAUGGCCAACACAGAGGGUGGCAAUACUGGUAUCAACAAACCUGCCUCUGUUUUCGGUGCUGCUACAAAUGAUAUCAAUAACAAUAAUAAUGCAGCACCUUCUGCAGGUCAUCAACAACAAACUCCUCGUUCCAAAUCUGAAGAUGCUGGCACUACGGCAGCUGUAAUUAAUGAGGCUGCUUGUGAUAACGCAACACAGCCUGCUCCUAAUGUGAUGGUAGCUGAUGAGGUCAUUGCUGUUCGACGCCCAUUAUCUCAGUCAUCAUCAUCUACCACUUCGUCCUCUUUAGAACAUCAUCACCAUCACACACAUACACAUAACAGUGAGGAUGAUCAUUUGCCAAGUUAUAUGCGUCGACCCAUUUGUGCUGCAUGUAACCGUAAUGUCAAAGUCACCUCCAGUUCUGAAAGCACCACUGCUGCUGCUGUGGCCUUGGUGAGUAAAUCACAUAGCACUGCCAACAGUAGUCGACGUUCCUCCAUCUCCACCACUGCAACUACCACUUCCAAGGGCCAUGAUGGCAUCCACAAAAAGCACACUGUCACUCGCACCAAAUCUUCCCGUACGGAUCAAGGUGCUGCUACCCCUAAUGUGAUGUCUGCUACAUCCUCGCUAUCUACAGUAGGUAGUGACCAUAGUAUCCAGAGCAUGAUGAGCAGUAGUAGCAGCAGUGGCAGUAACCAUAGCAACUCCAAUCUACAAGGUGGUCCCACACAUCGAGUGCUCAGAUCGCUUAGCCCUACGUCGCCCAUUCCAACUCGUAAACGCACAAAGAAGAAAUCAACAUUGACUAAUUCGCUUGCAAACACGACGGAACCCUGCUCAGCUGAGACCAAGACGACAACCAUCGUCCGAAAACCACCUCAUCGAUUGAUUGAAAAAUGGAGCCAAUUGCUAUCUCAACAACAGCUACUUUUGGCAACCAUUGGAGGCAAAAACAUGAAUGCAGAUGAUGAUGAUGAAAUGAACUCCAUUCAACAAAACAUUACGAAACUCGUUACAUCAAACCAGGAGCAAUAUGAAACAGUUUUAUUGGAAACACAAGCCAAAAUCUUGCAAAAAUUCACUUUGCUUAUGAUGCAGCAACAACAACAACAACAACAACAACAACAACAAAAGGACGCAUUACUAUUUUUAUCGUCAUCUACAUCAGCUUUUGGCGUAUCUGGUUCAGGUGCUUCUAUUACGCCCGUCAACAUUUACAAUACCACACAACCUCCCACUGCCACAAAUGCCGUCAGUAGCACCUAUCAAGAUCACGUGCAGUCGCCCUCCUCAUUGUCGUCGCCUGCUGCUGCUACCUCUACUACUACUACUACUACUACUAUUACUACUCCUGCUGUGCAAUCUUGCAACUGGCAAACCAAAUUAGAAUAUGGGGUCACUCGCUUCAAAUGGAACGUGAGUCAAUGGAUUGGCAGUCUGGUUGGAACAGGCGACAUUGAAGAGCAAGAUUUUGAUGCACUCGGAUAUCCUCAAAAUGUAAUCAUCUCUGGUAUUUGUGUCACAACAGAGCCGGGAUUGCUUCCAAAGGGUCUGCAAAAGUACUUUAAACCAUAUCAUCAGCCAGAUCAAGUCAUUUGCCAUAAAUACAUGAUUCAUUUAACCAGGAAAUCAAGACUGACCAAGUUUCAAUUGCUGGAUCCAAAGGAGUGGGUGCUAGAUGAGCAUGCCAGCAAAUGCCAAUUCCAGAUUCAAGACAGACAUGACUAUAUCAAGCGAACCAAGCACUGCAACGCUGAAUUCGGUGUGUUUCAACGUAGACAUCACUGCAGAAGCUGUGGCCAUUUGUUUUGUCAGGAACACAGCUCCAACAAGUUGCCACUCUUUGUAUCCAAUGGUCAAGACUGUGGCGAGUGGGCUCGCGUGUGCGAUACGUGUUUCUACUCGCGUAUUGAACCACAGUUAUUAUCUCGCACCUAA